CUCCAGCUCUGUGAUUUCAUUGAUACCAUUGUUUGUGAUUCUGAAGAGCAAGCAAAAUUAAGAGAGGAAGAGACUAAAUGGAUCUUAAGACAGCAGUAUUCAAUGCAGCUCGUGAUGGCAAGCUGCGGCUCCUCACCAAAUUGUUGGCAAAUAAAACGAAAGAAGAGAUAGCCUUGCUGAUGUCAGAAAAAACAAAUGGUGCCACACCCCUUCUAAUGGCAGCCCGCUAUGGACACCUUGACAUGGUGGAAUAUCUGCUGGAGCAUUGUAGUGCCUCUAUAGAAAUUGGUGGCUCGGUGAAUUUCGAUGGUGAGACUAUUGAGGGUGCACCACCACUAUGGGCAGCCUCAGCUGCUGGUCAUUUGAAGGUGGUCCAGUCUUUAUUAAAUCAUGGAGCAUCUGUCAACAAUACCACUCUGACAAACUCAACACCUCUUCGGGCUGCCUGCUUUGAUGGCCACCUGGAAAUUGUGAAGUAUCUUGUGGAGCACAAAGCUGACUUGGAAGUAUCAAAUCGUCAUGGGCAUACAUGCCUUAUGAUAUCUUGUUACAAAGGGCACAAAGAAAUUGCUCAGUAUUUGCUUGAGAAAGGGGCUGAUGUAAAUAGAAAAAGUGUCAAAGGAAACACAGCAUUACAUGAUUGUGCAGAAUCUGGUAGCUUGGAAAUCAUGAAGAUGCUUCUCAAGUAUUGUGCAAAGAUGGAAAAAGAUGGCUAUGGAAUGACACCACUUCUCUCGGCUAGCGUUACAGGCCACACAAACAUAGUUGACUUUUUGACCCAGCAUGUUGAGACAAGUAAAGUGGAACGUAUCAAUGCACUGGAACUUCUAGGAGCCACAUUUGUGGACAAAAAGAGAGAUUUACUUGGUGCUUUGAAAUACUGGAAAAGAGCUAUGGAUAUGAGGUACAGUGAUAGGACUAAUAUCCUAAGCAAACCUGUACCUCAUUCUUUAAUAAUGGCCUAUGAUUAUGCCAAGGAGGUAAACAGUGCUGAAGAGCUAGAAAACCUUAUUGCAGACCCUGAUGAGAUGAGAAUGCAAGCGUUGUUAAUUAGAGAACGUAUUCUGGGCCCUUCUCACCCAGAUACAUCCUACUAUAUUCGGUAUAGAGGUGCUGUCUAUGCGGACUCUGGCAACUUCAAACGAUGCAUCAACUUGUGGAAGUAUGCUUUAGACAUGCAGCAGAGCAAUUUGGACCCACUGAGUCCUAUGACUGCUAGCAGUCUUCUAUCAUUUGCCGAACUUUUCUCGUUCAUGUUACAGGACAGGGCAAAAGGCCUGCUGGGCACAACUGUUACAUUUGAUGACCUUAUGGGUAUACUGUGCAAAAGUGUCCUCGAAAUAGAGCGUGCCAUCAAACAAACUCAGUGUCCACCUGACCAAAUACAGCUCAACAAAGCCCUUUCCAUCAUUUUGCAUCUAAUUUGCUUGCUGGAAAAAGUUCCCUGCAGUCCUGAACAGGAUCAUUUUAAGAAACAGACUAUAUACAAAUUUCUUAAGCUGCAUCCUAGAGGAAAGAAUAACUUUAGCCCACUCCACCUUGCUGUUGACAAGAAUACGACAUGUGUGGGACGCUACCCAGUUUGUAAAUUUCCCUCUUUACAAGUCACCGCUAUACUAGUGGAAUGUGGUGCUGAUGUAAAUGCUAGAGACUCUGAUGACAACAGUCCUUUACACAUAUCUGCACUGAAUAACCAUCCUGACAUCAUGAAUCUUCUUAUCAAGUCAGGUUCACAUUUUGAUGCCACAAACUUGCAUAAACAAACUGCUAUUGACUUGCUUGAUGAGAAGGAAAUGGCAAAGAACUUGAUCCAACCCAUCAACCAUACUACACUGCAGUGUCUUGCUGCCCGUGUCAUUGUGAAUCAUUGCAUAGGUUACCAAGGGCACAUCCCAGAAAAGCUUGAGAAUUUCGUUUUGCUCCAUAGAUGAUAAUCUGAUAUAGGCCCUUGGUACUGUGGGAGCAUGAGUUAGUGACACUAAUUGUUGCUUUCUCAAGCACUGUUGUAAUACGCCAGCGAUAUGCCAACAUUCAUUUAGCUUGGUCCAUCCUGCUCAUUGGCUAAGGCAUUACUCGAAUCAAAUUUGCAGAACUGGUUACUCAGUAUUUAAAACAAACACACCUUAUAAUAUAAUUUGUGGAUUAUUUAGAAAUGUAAUGCUAUAUUUGAAUUCACUAAAAUUGUCUGCCAACAGCUUGUCUAUUCUGGUUUGGUUUGCCUGUUGGUUGUUUGGGCCUGAUUUUAAUAAUUUUAUGGUGUUGUCUCUCUCUUACCAGUGUGGAUUUUAUAUAAUUGGAAAGUCAUCUUUUUUGUUCAGGCUUGAGCAUUUCUACUCUUCUUUUUCUAAUGGGUUCAUUGCUGAACUGUUAAAGUUGUAUGGACUUGUUAACAUUUGCAAUUACCAUAAGUGCUUUUAUCCUCUCUAUGCACUGGCUUGAACAUGACUGUUGUGUGUUGGCAUAUUUCUAUGCAGCAGUUGGCCAUUUUCAGCUCUGACCUGUUUCUUGCAGUUUUCUUAGAGAUUUGAAAAUACAGUAUUUACAGCAUGACAAUUUUUGAAGAUAUC